CCGAAGCGUAGCCGCGUCUGGAUGUUGCUCUGAGCUCCCUUCUCAACAGCGAACUCAUCAUUGGAUUUAUUGGAUCGCCGUUUCUUCCGGAUCUAGUGUGAAGUUUUGACAUAAUGGCGGGAUAAAACUGCGUCACAGUGCAUUUUACGCACAUAGGACGUCCUGGAGCGCAGGAUUUCAGCCUUCGAGCCGUCGCCCGAGACAGCUUCCAAAUAGCCUUCGCCUGUUCAGUGCCUGGCUGUCUGAUGAAAGGACGACCACAGGAUGGCUACUGCUCCACCUGAGGCGAGGAAGUUCACCCGAGGGCUCAACAAACCGGGCACCGCUGCAGAGCUGAGGCAGAGCGUGUCUGAGGCUGUCAGGACGUCAGUGUUAGUGGUGAAGCCAAAGAUCAUCGAGCCUCUGGACUAUGAGAAUGUGAUUCUGCAGAGGAAGACUCAGAUCAUCAGUGAUGUUCUGCGGGACAUGCUGCAGUUCCCUACAGAUGACUUCCAGAUCUCAACCCUGAGGCGCCAAGGCAGGACUCUGUUCUCCACCGUGCCGGAGACUGCUGAGAAAGAAGCUCAGUCGCUGUUUGUCCAAGAGUGUAUCAAAACCUACAAGUCCGACUGGCAUGUGGUCAACUACAAGUACGAGGAGUAUUCUGGAGACUUCCGCCAGCUUCCAAAUAAAGUGUUGAGACCUGAGAAACUUGCUGCUCACCUCUUUGAGGUGGAUGAAGAUGUGGAAAAAGACGAGGACACAGCCUCCCUGGGAUCACAGAAGGGAGGAGUGUCUAAACACGGCUGGCUGUACAAAGGCAACAUGAACAGUGCAAUCAGUGUUACAAUGCGGUCCUUCAAGAGGAGAUAUUUCCAUCUGGCCCAGCUGGGAGAUGGAUCCUACAACCUCAACUUCUACAAGGACGAGAACACGUCAAAAGAACCUAAAGGCACAAUCUUUCUCGACUCUUGCAUGGGCGUUGUUCAGAACAGUAAGGUGCGUCGAUUUGCCUUCGAGCUAAAGAUGCAGGACAAGAGCACGUUUCUGCUGGCUGCAGACAGUGAGGCAGAGAUGGAGGAGUGGAUCGGCACGCUCAACAAGAUCCUCCACAGCAGCUUUGAACAGGCCAUGCAGGAGAAGAGGAACGGGGACCUGCAUGAUGAUGAGGAGCUCGGGAAAACAGACCUCUCCUCCGGAAGUUUUCAAGACAGCUUUCAGACUGCCAGAGAUAUCGAGUCCAAAAUGAGGAGUGAAGCUCGCCUGAAACUCUUUACACUGGACCCUGACACACAGAAACUGGACUUCUCCGGCAUUGAGCCCGACGUGCGGCAGUUUGAGGAGAAGUUUGGGAAGAGAGUCCUGGUCAGCUGUCACGAUCUGUCGUUCAACCUGCAGGGCUGUGUGGCCGAGAACGAGGAAGGACCAACGACAAACGUCGAGCCGUUUUACGUGGUCCUGUCCCUCUUUGACGUCCAGAACAGCAGAAAGAUCUCCGCCGACUUCCGCGUAGACCUUAACCACCCGUUGGUUCGACAAAUGACGUCUGGCUCCAGCAGCGGGCAGGACCUGCGCAUAAACGGCGAAGGAGACGGACCUCUUCCUGCUAACAGGCAGGCCGGCGGGCUCCCAGAAGGGGCUCUACAGUACCCCAAACAGGGGGUUUUCUCAGUCACGUGCCCCCAUCCAGAGAUCUUCCUGGUGGCGAGGAUUGAGAAAGUACUGCAGGGGGGAAUCACCCACUGCACUGAGCCUUACAUGAAGAGCUCAGACUCCACCAAGAUGGCUCAGAAGGUGCUGAAGAAUGCAAAGACAGCCUGCAGCAGACUGGGACAGUACAGGAUGCCUUUCGCUUGGGCUGCAAGGCCUGUGUUCAAAGAUGCAUCGGGAACUUUGGACAAAAGCACUCGCUUCUCUGCUCUCUACAGGCAGGACAGCAGCAAGCUGUCAGACGAGGACAUGUUCAAACUGCUCACUGACUUCAGAAAGCUAGAGAAAAUGGCCAAACUCCCCGUGCUGUUGGGGAACUUAGAUGUCACGAUUGAUAGUGUGGCCCCGGAUGUAGCCAAUUGCGUCACUUCCUCGUACAUCCCAGUGAGAAACUUCGAAGGCAACGGGCCCGGUAGCGCUCUGCUGGAGGUGGAGGAGUUCGUCCCAUACAUCGCCAAGUGCUCCCAACCAUUCACAGUCUACAAAAACCACCUCUACGUGUACCCCAAACACCUCAAAUAUGACGGGCAGAAAUCCUUCGCCAAGGCGAGGAAUAUCGCCGUUUCUAUUGAAUUCAAGGAUUCAGAUGAGGAUGACACCCAGCCGCUAAAGUGCAUCUACGGCCGUCCAGGAGGUCCUCUGUUCACUAAGCAGGCGUAUGCAGCCGUCUUACACCACCAGCAGAACCCUGAGUUCUAUGAUGAGAUAAAGAUAGAGCUGCCAACUCAGCUGCAUGAAAAGCAUCACCUUCUGUUCACCUUCUAUCACAUUAGCUGUGACAGCAACAGCAAGAAGAAAGAUCUGGUGGAGACUCCAGUGGGUUCAGCCUGGCUGCCUCUGCUCAGGGACGGCAGAGUCAUCAUGAACGAACAGCAGCUGUCUGUCGCAUCAAAUCUGCCUGCCGGGUACCUGAGCUCACAGGAUGGUGUCAACAAGCACUCUGGCGCAGAAAUCAAAUGGGUGGAUGGAGGAAAACCUUUGUUCAAAGUCUCCACUCAUCUUGUUUCUACAGUUUACACUCAGGAUCAGCACUUGCACAACUUCUUUCAUCAUUGUCAGAGCAUGGAGAUGUCAGAACAAGCUUCAGAAGGGGAGCUGGUUAAAUACCUAAAGAGUCUGCAUGCAAUGGAGGGUCAUGUAAUGGUCAAUUUUCUGCCCACAAUCCUCAACCAGCUCUUCUGCGUCCUCACCAGAGCUACACACGAGGAUGUGGCGGUGAACGUGACGAGGGUGAUGGUUCACGUGGUCGCACAGUGCCAUGAAGAAGGGCUCGAACAUUACUUGAGAUCAUAUGUCAAGUUUGUGUUUAAGCCAGAGCCGUAUUCAUCCACCAAUGUUAAAACAGUUCACGAGGAGCUGGCUAAAGCCAUGACUGCAAUUCUUAAGCCGUCCACGGACUUCCUGACAAGCAACAAGCUGCUAAAGCACUCAUGGUACUUCUUCGAAGCACUGGUCAAAUCCAUGGCUCAUUACCUCAUAGAGAGCGGGAAGGUCAAGGUAGGUCUAGUUCUAUACUUAUUUUAUUAUCUUAAGCCUCUUUCCCUCAGGUCUGAGUCAUCUCACUCUUUUCUCUUCAUCUCUCUUAUCAAGCUCUCCAGAAACCAGCGCUUUUCUGCAUCAUUCUACCACGCAGUGGAGACUCUGGUGAAUAUGCUGAUGCCACACAUCACCCAGAAGUACAAGGACAACCUGGACGCAGCCCGCAAUGCCAACCACAGCCUGGCAGUUUUUGUAAAGCGCUGCUUCACCUUCAUGGACAGAGGCUUCGUAUUCAAGCAGAUCAACAACUAUAUUAACUGUUUCAUGCCUGGAGACCCAAAGACUUUGUUUGAGUUCAAGUUUGAAUUCCUGAAGGUUGUUUGCAACCACGAGCACUUCGUCCCUCUGAAUCUGCCCAUGCCCUUCGGAAAAGGCCGCAUUCAAAGAUUCCAAGAUCUUCAGCUGGACUAUUCCCUCACUGACGACUUCUGUCGAAACCACUUCCUGGUGGGGCUGCUGAUGAGGGAGGUGGGCGGGGCUCUCCAGGAGUACCGGGAGAUCCGUCAGAUCGCCAUCCAGGUGCUGAAGGGGCUGAUGAUCAAACACACUUUUGACGAGCGCUAUGCUGCUAAAAGUCAGCAAGCCCGACUCGCAACCCUCUACCUCCCUCUGUUCGGCCUGCUCCAGGAAAAUGUCUACAGACUCGACAUCAAGGAGUCAGCCUUACUCAGCAAUCACAGUAAUGCCAGGGAUGACUCUCUGGUGCCGAACUCCAUGGUGACUCCUCAGAAACCUGGCAGCUGCAUAGAAAAUGCCCUCCACAAAGACGUGUUUGGGGUCAUCUCUGGAACGGCCUCACCUCACAGCUCCACCCCCAACGUCAGCUCAGUUCACCACGCAGACUCUAGAGGCUCCCUGGUCUCCACCGACUCUGGAAACAGCCUGCUGGACAAGAGCAGUGAUAAGACCAACUCCCUAGAGAAGAACCAGUGUGCUUCGGCUCUGGGCAGCUCCGUGCUGCGCUGCGACAAACUCGACCGUGAUGAGAUCAAAAACCUGCUCAUGUGCUUUCUGCACAUCCUCAAGAGCAUGUCAGAGGAGGCUCUGUUUGCAUACUGGAACAAAGCCACUCCCUCAGACCUAAUGGACUUCUUCACAUUGAUAGAAGUCUGCCUUCAUCAGUUUAAAUACAUGGGGAAGAGAUUCAUCGUCAGGAGCCAGGAGGGGGCGGGGCCUGUAGCUGCCGACAGGAAGUCUCUUACCUUGCCUGUGUCUCGUAACAGGGCAGGGAUGCUGCACGCACGCCUGCAGCAGCUGGGGACUCUCGAGAACGCUCACACCUUCAACAACAUGUACUCUCACACGGAGGCAGACGUGAGCAGCCAGUGUCUUCUGGAGGCCAACGUGUCUACAGAGGUCUGCCUCACUGUGCUGGACACACUCAGCAUCUUCAUCAUGGGAUUCAAGGCGCAGCUGAAUUCAGAUUUGGGUCACAACCCGCUGAUGAAGAAAGUUUUCCAGGUGCAUCUGUGCUUCCUGCAGAUCCCUCAGUCUGAAACAGCACUCAAACAGGUCUUCACCUCACUCAGGACCUUCAUCUACAAGUUCCCCUGCACCUUCUUCGACGGCCGGGCCGACAUGUGUGCCUCUCUUUGUUAUGAAAUUCUCAAGUGCUGUAACUCCAAGCUGAGCUCGAUCCGCAGCGACGCCGCUCAUCUUCUUUACUUCCUCAUGAAAAGCAACUUUGACUACACGGGACGGAGGUCUUUCGUACGAACACACCUGCAGGUGGUUAUUGCUGUCAGUCAGCUGAUUGCUGAUGUCAUCGGCAUUGGGGGUACUCGUUUCCAGCAGUCCCUCUCCAUCAUUAACAACUGUGCCAACAGUGACAAAACUAUCAAGCAUACAGCGUUCCCAUCAGAUGUAAAAGACCUGACAAAGCGCAUCAGGACGGUGCUGAUGGCCACAGAGCAGAUGAAGGAGCACGAGAACGACCCAGAAAUGUUGGUGGACCUCCAGUACAGCUUGGCCAAAUCCUACACCAGCACGCCCGAGCUCCGCAAAACCUGGCUGGACAGCAUGGCUCGAAUCCACAACAAGAACGGAGAUCUUUCAGAGGCGGCCAUGUGUUACGUGCAUGUUGCUGCCUUGGUGGCGGAAUAUUUGUGGAGGAAAGGUAUGUUCAGGCAAGGCUGCUCAUCUUUCCGUGUCACAACCCCCAACAUCGAUGAGGAAGCAGCCAUGAUGGAGGACGUAGGCAUGCAGGACGUUCACUUUAACGAGGAGGUACUGAUGGAGCUGUUGGAGGAGUGUGCAGACGGGCUGUGGAAGGCGGAGCGUUAUGAGCUCAUCGCUGACGUCUACAGGCUCAUAAUCCCGAUCUACGAACAGCGCCGAGACUUUGAGAAACUGACACACCUGUAUGACACCCUGCACCGUGCCUAUACCAAGGUGAUGGAGGUGAUGCACACUGGCAAGAGACUUCUGGGUACUUACUUCAGAGUGGCCUUCUUUGGACAGGGCUUCUUUGAGGAUGAGGAUGGAAAGGAAUACAUCUACAAGGAGCCGAAGUUCACUCCUCUGUCCGAGAUCUCCCAGAGGCUCCUCAAGCUCUACUCCGACAAGUUUGGCCAGGAGAACGUCAAAAUCAUUCAGGAUUCUGGCAGGGUGAACCCAAAGGACUUAGACUCCAAGUACGCCUACCUCCAAGUCACCCAUGUCACACCUUAUCUCGAUGACAAGGAGCUGGAGGACAGGAAGACCGACUUUGAGAGGAGCCACAACAUCCGGCGCUUCGUGUUUGAGACGCCGUUCACCGUGUCGGGAAAGAAGCAGGGCGGGGUGGAGGAGCAGUGUAAACGGAGGACCAUUCUUACCACCACUCAUUGUUUCCCCUACGUGAAGAAGCGUAUACCUGUCAUGUACCAACACCAAACCGAUCUGAGCCCCAUUGAGGUGGCCAUCGAUGAGAUGAGUGCCAAGGUGGCCGAGCUGCGCCUGCUGUGCUCGGCCUCUGAGGUGGACAUGAUUCGGCUGCAGCUCAAACUCCAGGGCAGCAUCAGCGUUCAGGUCAAUGCUGGUCCUCUAGCCUAUGCCAGAGCCUUUUUAGAUGACAGCAGUGCCAAGAAAUAUCCUGACAACAAGGUCAAACAACUCAAGGAGGUGUUCAGGCAGUUCGUGGACGCCUGCGGUCAGGGGCUGGGUGUGAACGAGCGGCUGAUCAAAGAGGACCAGCAGGAGUAUCACGAUGAGAUGAAGGCAAACUACAGAGACCUGACCAGGGAGCUGUCCAACAUCAUGCAUGAGCAGAUAAUCCCAGUGGAUGACGGCACACGGAGCACCCUGUCAGACUCAAUGGGCAUCUUCAACGCCAUCAGUGGCACACCGACCAGUGCCAACUCUCACGGCUCCACCACCAUACUCUGAUACGGGGACUCAUGCCUUUUCCACCACUGAUUCUUCUGACAGUCAAAGGAAACAGUACCUUAACACAAUCUGAAGCCAUCGUUUGUUGCUGUUUUGUCAUCUUUCUCAGCACAUUAGGGAUAACGCCCAUUUUUCUUGUUUCCUAUGGAGACUGUAGUCAGCUUUGAUACUUUGAGAAUCAGCGAUUUUAGGAGUUUGCUGGCAGAUUUGGGUCAUGCAUCUUUUUUGUAUUCUUUUUAAAUAGCAUGAAAGGCGGGGUUAAGCAUAUUUGAUGAUGCAAAUUAGUGUCUUAAAUACUGUGACUUUCAUUUGAGCUCCAUAAACAUCAGGAAUUUCAGUAUUAACAUCCGAUCCAAGUCUACAUCCUAUCUGUUUUUAUCUGCAGGGCUCCCAUUUGUGUACAGUGUUUCUAUGAGAGACGGUUUUUAAAGGAAGUAAAUAAAAAUAGAGAUGAAAUCAUACCUAGAUCCCUUUGCUGAUGCAUAGUAUUUUUACUACCCUUCUCCAUUGAGGCUGUGUUGUUUUUAUCCCUCUUUGGGCAUUUAAAAGACUCUCUAUUUUAGGCCAAUGGACGUGUAAAGAAUCAGUCUAAAGCCAAGUGAACCGCAAUGUUUUCACCUAUUUUCUGUAAAGAAAUGUGUGCAAUAUUUUCUAUUCUUACCAAGGCGACCUACUGCACAGAAAGCCACUCUUGCCAAAGACAUCAUAAAAAGACGGUGCAAUGCAAGACAAGAGUGCAACUAUUUUUAAUCUACGCCCUUUUUCUCUGUCAUGCCUUUAUUAUCUGUGUUGAAAUGCAAGAGAACAGUUUUUACGUACUUCUGCCCAUGUAAAUAUGUCUAGACAUAUAAAUAAAAUAAUUCUGUUAUAAUA